ACGAUGUCCAUGGAGGGCUUCGGCCCCGACAGCGUCUUCGCCACGCCGGCGGAGGAUAAUGGCCAGUACCGCAUCAGCCGCAGCCUGGUCCGCUCCGCCGAGGGCAGCACCGUCCCCCUGACCCGAGUCAAGUGCCUGGUGUCCAUGACGACGCCCCACGACAUCCGCCUGCACGGAUCGGCCGUCACGCCCGCAUUCGUGGAGUUCGACACGUCGCUGGAGGGCUUCGGGUGCCUGUUUCUGCCCAGCCUGGCACCCCACAACGCCCCCACCAACAACACCAACGCUUCAGGUGUCAGCGACGGAGCAGUGCUGAGCGGGAUGGGGACAGGUGAGCGUUUGUUUCCUCCUCCGUCCGGCCUGAGCUACACCACCUGGUUCUGCGUGGAGCGUUUCAGCGCCGCCCCUCAGGCUCACCCGGUCCGGCUGCUGACCAUCGUCCGCCGGGCGACGUCCUCGGAGCAGCACUACGUCUGCCUGUCCGUGGUGCUGUCGGCCAAAGACCGCUCGCUCACCGUCUCCACCAAGGAGGAGCUGCUGCAGACGUACUCAGCCGACGAGUCGAGUGAAGAAGCCUCCUUCUACGAGAUCCUGCCCUGCUGCGCUCGCUUCCGCUGUGGUGAGCUGAUCGCCGAGGGCCAGUGGCACCACCUGGUGCUGGUCAUGAGCAAAGGCAUGCUGAAGAACAGCAUGGCGACGCUGUACAUCGACGGCCAGCUCAUCAGCACCGUCAAGCUCCACUACAUCCAUAGCGCUCCGGGCGGCUCCGGCUCCACCAACCCCCCUGUGGUGAGCACCGUUUACGGCUACGUAGGGACGCCUCCCGCCCAGCGCCAGCUCUCCAGCCUGGUGUGGCGUCUGGGGCCGAGCCACUUCCUGGAGGAGGUCCUGCCAGCCACCAGCGUCGCUGCCAUCUAUGAACUGGGACCCAACAACGUGGGCAGCUUUCAGGCCGUCUACCUGCCCUGUAAAGACUCUAAAACUGAAGUAGCUCCUGCCACUCCGGUGGCGUUGGUGCCUGAGGAGAAGGUGUCCUUCAGCCUCUACGCGCUCUCCGUCUCUACUCUAACUGUGGCCAAAAUCAGAAAAGUCUACAACAAACUGGACAGCAAAGCCAUCGCCAAACAGCUCGCUGUGUCGUCUCAUGAGAACGCCACUCCGGUCAAGCUGAUCCAUAACGCCGCCGGUCACCUCAACGGUCCAGCUCGCACCAUCGGAGCUGCUGUCAUUGGAUAUUUAGGUGUCCGCGCCUUUGGGCCCAAACCCGUCGCCACCAACCUGCAGUAUGUGGGAGGGGCGGCGGCCAUCUUGGGCCUGGUUGCCAUGGCGUCAGAUGUGGAGGGGCUGUACGCUGCAGUCAAGGCGUUGGUGUGUGUAGUAAAGAGCAACCCGUUGGCCAGUAAGGAGAUGGAGCGAAUCAAAGGCUACCAGCUGCUCGCUAUGCUGCUGAAGAAGAAGCGUUCCCUGCUCAACAGCCACAUCCUCCAUCUCACCUUCUCUCUGGUCGGAACCGUCGACAGCGGCCACGAAACGUCCAUCAUCCCCAACUCCACCGCCUUCCAGGACCUCCUCUGCGACUUUGAGGUCUGGCUCCACGCUCCCUACGAGCUCCAUCUGUCUCUGUUCGAGCAUUUCAUUGAACUGCUGACAGAAUCCAGUGAGGCGGCUAAAAACGCCAAACUACUGAGAGAGUUUCAGCUGAUCCCAAGACUGCUGCUGACUCUGAGAGACACUUCACUGUCUCAACCUACUGUGGCCGCCAUCAGCAACGUGCUCAGUCUGCUGCUGCAAGGCUUCCCGAACCCGUACGACCUGCUGCGGUUUGGCCAGUUCAUCUCCUCCACCCUCCCCACGUUCGCUGUGUGUGAGAAGUUUGUCGUCAUGGAAAUCAAUAACGAGGAGAAAAUCGAUGGAGGUAACGACGAUGAUUUCGGCGGCCUCCUGUCAGCGAACCUCAUCCUGCUGAGAAACCGACUGCUGGACAACCUGCUCCGGCUGCUCUUCACCACCAAAGAGAAGUGCACGGUUAACGCCCAGGCCUGCGAGGAGCUGGUGAGGACGCUGGGCUUCGACUGGCUCCUGAUGUUCAUGGAGGAGCAUCUGCACUCGAGCACAGUGACGGCGGCGCUGUGGAUCCUGGUGGUGCUGCUGUCCAACCAGUCCAUCCUAAACCGCUUCAAGGAGGGCCUGUGCGGAGGAGGCUGGCUGGACCACACCGACUCGGUCCUGACCAACAAGAUCGGCACGGUGCUGGGCUUCAACGUGGGUCGAAACGCCGGCGGUCGCUCCACACUGCGGGAGAUCAACCGGGACGCCUGCCAUUUCCCAGGAUUCCCAGUUCUGCAGACGCUGCUGCCCAAACACACCAACGUGCCCGAGCUCUACUUCCUGCUCAUGGCUCUCUUCCUGCAGCAGCCUGUCACCGAGCUGCCAGACAGCCUGCAGUUUGACCUGGACUCCAUCUGGACGUUCAUCUUCGGCAUGCCGGCCUCCAGUGGGACGGUGGUGGGCUCCAUCCACAGCGUCUGCACCGAGGCCGCCUUCCUGCUGCUGGCCAUGCUGCGCAGCAUGCUCAACCUGCCGUGGCAGUCGGAGGAGGAGGGCUCCUGGCUCAGGGAGUACCCGGUCACCCUCAUGCAGUUCUUCAGGUACCUUUACCAUAACGUGCCCGACUUGGCGCCGAUGUGGCACAGUCCGGAGUUCCUCUGCGCGCUGGCAGCCACCGUCUUCCCCUUCAACAUCAGACCCUACUCUGAGAUGGUCAGCGAUUUGGACGACGAAGCCGGUUCUCCCACUGAGGAGUUCAAGGCCUUCGCUGCAGACUCUGGUAUGAACCGCAGUCAGUCAGAAUACUGCAACGUGGGCUCCAAGACGUCUCUGACCAACCACCCGGCCAAGAAGUACGUCUUCGACUUCAUGAGGGUGCUGAUCAUGGACAACCUCUGCAUGACUCCAGCCAGCAAGCAGACGCCCAUCAUCGACCUGCUGCUGGAGGCUUCUCCAGAGCGCUCCACCAGAACUCAGCAGAAAGAGUUCCAGUCCAACAUCCUGGACGGCGUCAUGGAGCAUCUUCUGGCCGCCGACGUCCUUCUAGGUGAAGAUGCGUCUCUGCCGCUCAGCAGCGGUGGCAGCUAUCAGAUCCUGGUGAACAACGUCUUCUACUUCACGCAGCGUGUGGUGGACAAGCUCUGGCAGGGGAUGUUCAACAAGGACUCCAAGCUGGUGGUGGACUUCAUCGUGCAGCUCAUCGGACAGUCUAAGAGGCGCUCUCAGGGUCUCUCCCUCGACACCAUCUACCACUGUCUGAACCGGACGGUGCUCUAUCAGCUCUGCCGACCCCACAAGACGGUGGCCCAGCAGGUGGCCCUGCUGGACGCCCUGCGGGUCCUGACCGUCAACCGCAACCUGGUGCUCGGGCCGGGGAACCACGACCAGGACUUUGUGGCCUGCCUGGCUCACUGCUUCAUCUGCCUGCACAGCGGGAGCAGCGUGGAGGGCUUCGGCCUGGAGGCGGAGGCCAGGAUGACGACCUGGCACGUCAUGAUGCCCACGGAGAACGAGGCCGACUCCACGCACAGCCACGACGUCAGCGAGGGCCGGCAGCUGCUGCUGAAGGCGGUGAACCGAGUGUGGACGGAGCUGAUGCACAGCAAGCGCCAGAUGCUGGAGGACAUCUUCAAGGUGUCGCUGCCCUGCAACGAUCGAGGCCACGUGGACAUCGCCACGGCCCGGCCCGCCCUGGAAGAACCAGCACUGAAGAGCUGGCAGAACCACCUGGUCCAUGAGAAGAAAUGCAUCAGUCGCGGUGAAGCAGUCGUACCGGCGACUCAGUCCAAACUGUCCAGAGUCAGCAGUGGCUUCGGCCUCUCCAAGCUGACCGGCGUCCGUCGCAACAAGAAGGAGAACAGUCUGAACAAGAACAGCCUUUCUGCACAGGAGACUUUCCAGUGGAUGUUCACACACAUCGCUGUCGUCCGAGACCUGGUGGCCAUGCAGUACAAAGAACACCAAGAGCGGCAGCAGAACGCCCUCAAGUACGUGACGGAGGAGUGGGCGUCCAUCGAGUACGAGCUGCUGCGUGAGCGAGGCCUGUGGGGGCCGCCCAUCGGCUCACACCUGGACAAGUUUGUGCUGGAGAUGACAGAGGGACCCUGCAGGAUGAGGAAGAAGAUGGUCCGCAACGACAUGUUCUACAUCCACUACCCGUACAUCCCCGAGACGGAGACCAACACCAACUCAGCACAGAAGCCUCUGCGCUACCGGCGAGCCAUCAGCUACGACAGUAAAGAGUACUACAUGCGUCUGCUGUCCGGAAACCCCGGCAUGUACCAGCACUCGGUGGAGCACAACACCGAGGGAGAAACCGCUCAGCACGAACCGGAGCACGGAGAGGACACCAUCGCCAGAGUCAAAGGCCUGGUGAAGGCUCCCCUGAAGAGGUCUCGGUCGACGGCGGACGGCGCGGACGAGGACAGUCAGGAUCAGCUUCAGGAGCAGCUGUUGGAGUCCGGAGGCCCCGAAGAGGAGCAGAGGACCGACAACACGUCACUGCUGAGGCUGCUGGAGGAGGGAGAGAAGAUUCAGCACAUGUACCGCUGCGCCCGGGUUCAGGGUCUGGACACCAGCGAGGGGCUGCUGCUGUUCGGCAAAGAGCACUUCUACGUCAUCGACGGCUACACCAUGACCGUGUCCCGGGAGAUCAGGGACAUCGACACGCUGCCGCCCAAUUUGCACGAGGCCAUCAUCCCCAGAGGAGCGAGACAAGGCCAGAGCCAGCUGAAGAGAACCUGCAGCAUCUUUGCCUACGAAGACAUCAAAGAGGUUCACAAGAGACGCUACCUGCUGCAGCCGAUGGCGGUGGAGGUUUUCUCAGCAGAUGGGAGGAACUACCUGUUAGCAUUCCAGAAAGGGGUUCGCAACAAAGUUUACCAAAGGUUCCUGGCGGUGGUUCCAUCGCUGGCUGACAGCUCAGAGUCGGUAUCAGGUCAGAGGCCCAACACCAGCGUGGAACAAGGAUCUGGACUUCUCAGUACGUUAGUUGGCGAGAAGUCGGUGACUCAAAGAUGGGAGCGAGGGGAGAUCAGUAACUUCCAGUACCUGAUGCAUCUGAACACUCUGGCCGGACGCUCCUACAACGACCUGAUGCAGUAUCCGGUGUUCCCCUGGAUCCUGGCCGACUUCGACUCAGAGGAGUUGGACCUGAACAACCCUAAGACGUUUCGUAACCUCGCCAAGCCGAUGGGCGCCCAGACGGACGACCGGCUGACGCAGUACAAGAAGAGGUACAAGGACUGGGAAGACCCCAACGGUGAAACCCCAGCGUACCACUACGGCACCCACUACUCCUCAGCCAUGAUCGUAGCCUCCUAUCUGGUCCGGAUGGAGCCCUUCACGCAGAUUUUCCUCCGACUUCAGGGAGGUCACUUCGACCUGGCUGACCGGAUGUUCCACAGCGUUCGUGAAGCCUGGCUCUCUGCCUCCAAACACAACAUGGCCGACGUCAAGGAGCUCAUCCCUGAGUUCUUCUACCUGCCCGAGUUCAUGCUCAACUCCAACAACUUCGACUUGGGUGCCAAGCAGAACGGCACCAAGCUGGGCGACGUGAUCCUCCCUCCGUGGGCCAAAGGAGACCCCCGAGAGUUCAUCAGAGUCCACAGAGAGGCGCUGGAAUGUGACUACGUGUCCGCUCACCUGCACGAGUGGAUCGACCUGAUCUUCGGCUACAAGCAGCAGGGCCCGCCGGCCGUGGAGGCGGUCAACGUCUUCCACCACCUCUUCUAUGAGGGUCAGGUGGACAUCUACAACAUCAACGACCCGCUCAAAGAGACGGCCACCAUCGGCUUCAUCAACAACUUCGGACAGAUCCCCAAACAGCUGUUUAAGAAGCCUCAUCCUCCCAAACGGGUUCGCAGUAAAGCCAACGGAGACGUCGCCGGCGUUCCUCCGAGCUCCAGCAGCGACAAGAUCUUCUUCCAUCAUCUGGACAAUCUCAGACCUUCACUUGCUCCUGUUAAAGAGCUGAAGGAGCCCGUGGGGCAGAUCGUCUGCACCGACAAGGGCAUCCUCGCCGUGGAGCAGAACAAAGUCCUGGUUCCUCCCACCUGGAGCAAGACCUUCGCCUGGGGAUACGCGGACCUCAGCUGCCGUCUGGCCAACUAUGAGUCUGACAAGGCGCUGGUCGUGUAUGAGUGUCUGUCGGAGUGGGGUCAGAUCCUCUGUGCCAUAUGUCCGAACCCGAAGCUGGUGAUCACCGGCGGCACCAGCACCUCCAUCUGUGUGUGGGAGACGGGAAGCUCCAAGGAGAAGGCCAAGUCCAUUACACUCAAACAGGCGUUGCUGGGCCACACGGACGCCGUUACGUGUCUGACGGCGUCGUCGGCGUACCACAUCGUUGUCAGCGGCUCGCGGGAUCGAACCUGCAUCAUCUGGGACCUCAACAAGCUUUCGUUCGUCACGCAGCUCAGGGGACACCGAGCACCCGUGUCUGCUCUGUGUAUUAAUGAGCUGACGGGGGAUGUGGUGUCCUGCGCCGGAACCUACAUCCACGUGUGGAGCAUCAACGGCAGCCCCAUCGCCAGCGCCAACACCUUCACCGGCCGCAGCCAGCAGAUCCUGUGCUGCUGCGUGUCGGAGAUGAACGAGUGGGACACGCAGAACGUCAUCGUCACCGGACACUCGGACGGCGUCGUCAGGUUUUGGAGGAUGGAGUUCCUACAAGUCCCAGAAACCCCUGCUCCAGAGCCGGUGGAGCCAGACGUGCCUGACUGCUGCGACGAGAAGAUCGAAGGUGGCGAGAGUCACAAUGGUGACGACGACAGCAGCGAGUCCGACGGAGACGAACCCUGUCAGGAGCCCAGAGCGCCACGAAACCCGUCGACGGGUGGAGGCAGCCAACCGGGCAGCACCGUCCACAGACCCAGAGGUCCGUCAGCCCGAACGGGAGCGUCCUGGUCGAUGGACAGCGGCUCCGACGACUCCCACCGCUGGUCGGACACCCUCAGCAUUGACGAGAAGGACGGCUUCGUGUUCGUCAACUACUCCGAGGGCCAGACCAGAGGCCCUCACCCUCACCCUCACCCUCACCCUCACCCGGCUCACCCCGGCCAGGGCCCGGUGCCACAGCCUCUCCACCCCAGCGCCAUGGAGGCCCGGCCGUACAACCAGCUCAGGGCGGGCUACAGAUGGGAGCGCCAGCUGGUCUUCCGGAGCAAACUCACCAUGCACACGGCGUUCGAUCGCAAGGACAACGCUCACCCAGCUGAGAUCACCUCCCUCGCCAUCUCCAAGGACCACAGUAAGAUCCUGGUGGGUGACGGUCGCGGCCGGGUGUUCAGCUGGUCAGUGAGCGACCAGCCCGGCCGGUCGGCGGCCGACCACUGGGUGAAGGACGAGGUGGUGGACAGCUGCUCCGGCUGCACGGUUCGCUUCUCCCUGACCGAGCGACGCCACCACUGCAGGAACUGCGGGCAGCUCUUCUGCCAGAAGUGCAGUCGCUUCCAGUCGGAGAUCAAACGUCUGAAGAUCUCGUCUCCGGUCCGGGUUUGUCAGAACUGUUACUACAACCUCCAGCACGAGCGAAGCGUCGAGGACGGCUGCAGGAACUGAAGCUCCGCCGCCGCCGCCGACCCAAGUUUAAAGAAGAAAAAAAAAGUUUGAAGUUUCCUCCAUCUGCUUCGUCGUUCCCGUCGGCACCUCCACACGACUCCAAACACCAGAACUCUCCUUCAUCCACGUUGCUGUAAAACACACUGAAGCAGGAGGGAACGAGAAAAAAUAAAAAACCACACCUGCACUCGACAUCUGGAGGAAAAAAAAAAACACCGUUAAGAAUCAAUCACCGGCUUCGAGAUCCAGAAUUUCCCCGCAAGAUCUGAGAAAGAAUAAACUUGUUAAUAGUGUAAAUACUGACCAUGGCCUUUUUAACUCCAAGAGGAACAAACACAGAACAAAAAUUAAAGGUCAAUGAGGAAAAAACAACAACUUGCCUGUAACAUAGCGUUGUGACUAACCACUCCUGGCUUUAAAAAAAAAACAACAAAUCGAUUGUGUGUCGUCCGAGUCACGACGAGUCCGGAGGAUUAACACGAAGAGGGAGGGAAAUGAAUGUCAAUACUAAAUGUCUGUGGGUUUGUUAGUGGCUCUAGUUAUGCAAAUUUGACUUCUUUUUCUUUAUGAUUUUGUCGUUUACAGAAAUGUGAGUUCUGUUCUGUGUGUGUUGCCCACAGUGUCAAGCCAUCAGCAGCACGGAGAGAUUUCCCAUCACAUCCUCUUCUCCUUUCAUUUAGUUUGUUUUGCCAAAUAGUUGUUUUUUUUAACUCUA